AAGUUCCUUGGCUGUUAUAGCGACAAAUCAGACAGAGCCCUACCUAUUGAAUUAUUCAAUGGUAGGGAAUAUGUUGACUGGAAUAUGAAAGAUUAUAACUUCGGAAAAAUAAUUGAGAUGUGUGCUACACGAGCAUACGACAGAGGUUAUUUAAAAUUUUUCGGCCUGCAGUACUACGGAGAAUGCUGGGGUGGACGGAAAGGUUCCCGUUAUAAUAUCAACGGGGAAGCUAAAACUUGCAUGAAAGGAAUUGGAGGAGAAUGGACCAACGCUGUUUAUGAGAUUAUUCGUAAGUACCUCCAUUAUCAACUUUGAAUGCCAAUACAAACACACUCCUAGCAACCGGUGGUCGUAAAGGAUUUUUUCACGAAAAUGUUUUUUUUUUCGCAAAAUGUAAAAGAACUUUGACGCUUUAUAACUUCUCUUUUAAUGUAACUCCUGCCUUAAACAAAUAAUAAAUACAGUAAAAUUGUAUUGAUUUGGCAAGGUAGUCACAACUUUCAUGACAGCUUCUUCCAAUACUUCAUAAAACAACAUCAACUUCUGAUGUAACUUUUGUAACUUUCUAAAAAACAUUCAGGUCCGCGGUUAAUAUUUUUCCUUCUCAGACACUUUCUAACAACCACGGACGAAAACACUGAGCAACUUAUGCUAAGGAGAGGACGUAUAUGUUGUAGUUUAUUUUUUAUCUCAGUUAAUUCUUAUUUUUCUACUGUUUUUGGGUAUGUUAAUGUAUGCUCAUGAAUUUAAAACAAAGGAGAAAUAAAAAUUAACUGCAUAUACAUAUACAUACGUCUUCGGUGGCGGGAACUUGUCUUUUAGGACGUAUUUAUACAUCCUUGGUAUUCACACAGCCAGCCACGACGGGGACGGAAACGAGAAAAAUUACAACUCUGCGCGUCCAUCGCAUUUUCUGGUACAGGAUUUUCGCGGCGCGUCGCUAAGACAACGUGAGACCUCCUCCUGCGACGUUUUAUGUAUUUCUCUCUCUAAAGUUGGAUAUAAGGUCUUCAAGAGUUCAUCUCAAGAAAAAUCCACUCACAUUUCAAAAGGUGCUCUCCUAAAUGAGUUUCCUGUGUUCAAUUUCUUGAUAGUUCAAUUGCUGUAAUAAUAAUAAUUUAUAAUAAUAAUAUUAAUAAUGCUAAUAGGACAUCUGCACAAUGAUGUAAUUUGACUGCAACUGUUAGAAUCCUUCAGUUUUUUGUUUUCAUGUCUAAAUCAGGGCUUCUGUUUGAAAAAUCUCAGUGACCAUUUAUUAAUUUAGAUGUGAAAGAAAGAGUGAAUGAGUUCUUGUACUUUCAGUCAACCGAAACCAUCGUGAAAAUGUCCAAUAACCAUUUGUUCAAGAUUUAUCUACUUUGACAAUCGUUUACUUAAGUCUUUUUUAAACAUAUGUUUGCUAAUUCACUAAGCGUAGCUGUUUUCCAUCUCAAGAUGAUUGCAAAGUUAGUGGCAUGACGUAUGAAAGUGGACAGCGGUUUUACAUUCCACAAAAUCCAGUCAAUUCUAAUGACAUCAGCUGUCAAUCAUGCUUAUGUGAUCAAGGAUACAAGAGUUGCCGUGGAAAAAUCAUGUGUGAUUUCUUCUUUCCUUGCGAGAAAUUUAUACCCGCACCACCAGGAACAUGUUGUCCAACCUGUGGUAUGUUAACAGUUACACUAAUUUACGUCAUUUAUUUAUAUAUUUAUCUAUCUAUUGAUCUAUUUAUUUAUUCAUUUAUUUAUUUGCCAACAAUAAAGGUCACAAAAUUUCGAGUGGUAGCAGAGCAGCCUGAAAAGAAAAACACGGGGCUUAUUUUAAAAUUAUGUACUUAUUCUUAGACGGUCUAAGCACUGUCUAAGGUCUCUCGGGCUUUCUGGGAAUCAGCUACUCUGUUUCAAGUAAUAUAUCAAUCAUGAGACGCAAUGUUUCGUAACCAGAUGAAACUCUGAACUCGAGGUGUUUCAUCUGGUGAUGAAACGCUGUGUCAAAAAAAUGCUUCAUAUUACUUCUCAAACAAAAAGAUUAUUUUAGAAGGAGAAAUUAAGGAUGCAAAAACGAGCAGUUUUAUACCUGAUUUCCAGACACUCGUUAACCAUGAAUUGCUUUGUAUUUUCAUUAUGCAUUAUUAAUGAGUUUGAGAAGUUCCAUUCCUGUUGAAAGGUUACCAAACGAACUUUGCAAAAUUCACCAUUUUCACAUAGACCAUAAUGGACCUCUUUUACCCCCCACAAUUUUGCACAACCAUUGUUUCCAAUUUCUUCUGGGUAUUACAGUCGUCCCAAGAGAAAUCGAAGACAACGGUUACAUAACGUUUUGUGGGGUAAAAAAAGGUGCGUUAUCGGUCUUCUCUGUCCUCGAUGUAAAUCGCGGAUCUUUGCUUUUUCCGCACGCUUCGCGCUCAGGCCAUUCAUAGCUAUAAGUCAAAGUAAAAAAACUCGGGUCACAUAAAGUGAGCCUUAAAGGGAACCUCCACUUCAACAAAAAGAUAACUUUAAAUCACAGGAAAUAACUGUUACAGUCAAGUCCAUCUAAAAUAUUUUUAAAGAAAGCGUUUGUAUCCGAAAGAAAUAACUUUUAGAUUCGCCUAUUUUUGUUUUCAAAUUUUGCGGGCGUCGCCAUCUUGAAUAAUUGUGACGUGUAAUAGUUGCCCUAUUGUUUUUAAACAAAAGCUCUUUGUGUCAGAACAAUAGAGCAACCGUAACACGUCACAAUUAUUCAAGAUGGCGGCGCCCGCGAAAUUUGAUAGUGAAAAUAAGCGAUUUUAAAAUUCACUUUUCCUGAUAUAAACACUUUUUUUAAGAUAAAUUUCGAACAAAUUUGUUUAUCAACAUAAUUUUAUUCGAUUUAAACUUAUUCUGUAGUAAGAGUGGAGGUUCCCUUUAACGGAUUGGUACCUCAUUAUUUGUGUGAGAAAUUUAUCAGAAGGGGCCAGUUAAUUACUCAGUGGUUCCAUCAGAAACACGGAUUAAAAACAUCGGAUACCGAUACAAACAUCGCCAAGUAUCUUACCGCAUGCAGUCAAAAAAGGUUUUUCUAAAGAGCAACUGAGAUUGGGAAUUCCUUAUACAAAUCACUGAAAAACAUUAAUUCUAAACCUUUUAAGAGAUUACAUUAAUUUUCCGAUGAAGACAUGGGAAUUCUAAUAAGUUUGUAUGUAUGUAUGUUGUAUCGUUACAUUCAGCUUGUUAUCACCAAAACAAGUUCUACAAAGAUGGCCAGAGCUGGAUCAUCCGACAACCCCACGCGGAACCCGAUUGUUACGAGUGCACAUGCGCAUCUAAUCAAACAAAGUGUGUGGCGGCGGGAUGUCCAAACAAUUGCCCAAAUCCUGUUUAUGAGCCUGACAAAUGCUGCCCUACUUGCCGUAUGUUUUUUUAGUUCUAACUUCAAUUCACUUUAGUAUUUUUUGUGUGUGUGUGUCGGUGUGUCCUGAAAUUUUCAUUGGUGAUUAAUUUCCUAUGGCUACAAUAACAUUGCUUGCUUCCAGAUGGUACUAGUUUCGUUACGUCACGCCAAAGGGAAAUAUUUUUUACCACCUUAGCUUUAACUAAAGGUACAUUUACAAUCUCAGUGCAUUGUCAUGUAAAAAUAAAUGAAUAACGAUUUAGAGGUAGCACAUCCACUAAGUGGUUCUUCAUCUUCCUGUUUCCUGACUGAAUUGGAAUUGAAAAAAUUGGUUUUUGAGGAGAGGGGUAAACCGGAGUACCCGGUAAAAAACUUCACGGAGAAAGGGAGUGGACCAACGAUGUCGACAAACUCAACCCACAUAUGGCUUUCACGCUGGGAUGAUUUGAACCCGGGCCACAUUGGUGGGACGCAGGUGGUCUCACUACUGCGCCACCGACCCUUUCUCGGCCUCCCACCCAGCUUACCGUCUGAGAUAUUAGGUAGUGAGUUAAUACUUAACCUUUACUCUCCCACAGCCAAUAAUGGCGGUAUGAAGUUUAAUUCUAAAUGCUAACUUUUUAGUCUUUGUGGGCGAAAUCCUAUUGUAUAACUAUUCACGUAAAUUUAUUUUAAUCAGCGGUUGUUUCGCUUGAAGCUUUUUUUUUUAAAUUUAUAACAACAUUAUAUAUUUCUUUUCUUGAAUUUUAAUAUUUCGCUUAAUUGAGAGCUUAGGCGUUGUACAUUAGACGCACAAUAGAAUGCCUAAACUGACCUUACCUUUGAGAGUUCAAAUAAACGAGUGCUCAAAUGUAAUUAUAAUUAUUAAAAGUUAUCAUCAGUUUAUUUCACUAUCUAACACACUCGUAAAAAAUCUCGAUUUGUUUUUUAGAUCCCGGCGCUCCCACAUCUCAUGCUCCUUUCACUAUACCUGAAACUACGCCCAGGCCCCCUCCAGUAAUGCCUCCUUUUCCCGGUUUCCCUGGUAACCAGAAAAGAAGUCUGAGGUUGAGGAAAAUAUCCAGGCGAAGCAAAAGCUGGUAAUUAAUGUUCUUUACAGUUAUGAUUAGCUAUCUAAAAGCGUGAUAAUACAUGCUAAGUGCUUAGCGUGUUCAGUUUACCUAUCUAUCACAUAAUUAUAUUGUCCUUUCUAACUUUUGCAACUCUGAUAUGAUGAUAAUUUUGUACGCACCCUUCAUUUUCACUCAAAAUCAUUUUUGAAAUCUGAGAAAUGCUUGAGCUUCAACGUGAGUAAAAUUCAUCUGAACAACUAAAGUUUCAAUUGCGUGAAUGAGCGCUUUUCACGAUCAUGUCACUUUGAUAAUUCGGUUUGACUAGGUUGGUUUGUCGUCAUGCAGUCUGGUUGAAUAUACUUCCCUGUUUUGUAGAAAAUGUUCUCUUUCCAAUCGAAUUAUAAGCCUUCAGCUAGUAUUUUACCAUGAGAUGUAAGACAGAGAAAAUUACCGCUUGCGCUCGUGUGAUUAGUAUAACUGUACUAGCGUUCGUCAAAGGAAUUCUAUGGACUUGCGAAAACUUUGUAAAAGGACUACUUAUAAACGGGUCCAAAGGCAGCAAAAAAGCGGUUUUUUUAAGUUUGGAGAGUUACGAGAGAGGUCAAUUCUCCUGAACAAUAAAAAUGAUAAAAAAAAUAUAGUGUUUUUUUUCUUCAUCACAUCUUUAUCACACAGAGGAUGCACAAUCUUUCACUGUGAUAUUAUUUUAAGAUUCUUUUAUUUUUCAAUUACAGAGGGUUAUCUUGAAGAUGGAGGGCACGAUUAACUGGCAGUCUCAAGUUUUCACAACUGUGUUUGUCUUUAUACUUGGAGAUGGUCACUACUGGCCAAUAAUUUCUCAUUACAAUCCUUAAGGACGUCGUUUAUAGAUAUGA